AUGGUUCGUUCGCGUGUGCGGUCUUUCAUAUCAGCCUUCGGUGGCUCGUCCCGCAAGGAGAAUGCCGGACAGCAUCAUCGUACAGCUUCAGCCUCAGUCACGUUGAGCAAUCCUCCGUCAAGAUUCGAGACCCCUUCUCCCGAUACACCCUCACCGAUCGAAGGCUCGCCGUCGCAGUUGACAACAAAAGCGGAACGCCGCAUUUCACGGCCAGCAUCGACGGUCUUCUCUCACAAUCCUCCGUUGACGGAGCUUUCAGAAGAUACGCCGCCCGAACUUCAGCCGAUAUUCACUUUCCUCAAUAACCACGCCAACAAAUUGUACCAUGAAGGAUAUUUUCUCAAGCUGAAUGAUCUGGAUACCCAGGGCCGGCCUUGUUCCGAUCGACAAUGGGUUGAAUGCUAUGCGCAACUUAUUGGGACAGUACUUUCAGUAUGGGAUGCCGCUGCGCUGGACGCAGCACCAGAAGGCGAAGAAGUCCCUUCCACAUUCAUCAAUCUGGCGGAUGCUUCAAUUCGAGUCAUUGAAUCAUUGCCCACCAGAAACCAAGCAAUGGAGCCACUGAAGAAUGUCCUGAGCAUAUGUUCUGCCGGGCAGAACCGGUACCUGCUGCUUUUCAAUUCUUUCCAUUCAUUAGCCCAGUGGGCCUCAGCCAUUCGUCUUUCGCUGUUCGAGCACACCUCGCUCUACGAAGCGUACACAGGCUCGAUCAUUGCCGGCAAAGGCAAAAAUCUAAAUAACAUUCGAUCCAUUCUCGAGCGCAACCGCUAUAAGCAGGAAGAUUGGGCCCGUGUACGAUUCGGAGCAGGGACACCGUGGAGACGCUGCUGGUUUGUGAUCUCGCCUCCGAACGAGAAAGAGUACCAAAAGGCGCAGAAGUCGUUGAAGAAAUCUGCCUAUGAUCGGGCGCCGAGGCUGGCCACAGGAGACAUCAAAUUCUACGACACGAAGAAGACCAAAAAGGCGAAACCUAUUGCGACCAUCACAAACGCCUACGCUGCAUAUGCCAUAUACCCCCAGUCCAAGGCCUUAAUCGAUCAGUCGACUCUUGUGAAAAUUGAAGGGACUGUUACAAUUCAUUCGAAUCCAGAGUCGACUUCGGAGGGGUUCGUCUUCGUCAUGCCCGAGGUCCAUCCUGCCAUCUCCGGCUUCGAAAUGAUGGUUCGCUUCCUCAUCCCCACUUUCGACACUUUCAAUCUCUAUGGGCGGCCGACACGCCUCAUAGCUGCCACGAAUCAUGUCAAGAGCAUCAUGUUCGCAUUCCCUAGCCAACGGCGUUAUGGGUACCUGGACGUCCUGGAUGUAGCGAGUCUGAUGCAAAUGCCGGGUAGCCACACCUGGACUGAGGCGGAAUGGAGAAAACAGCUGAAGGAUGCGACAGCUCAGCGUAUGGCCGCGGCAGGAAGCAGGACCAGCAGUGUUUCCUCAAGAAAACCACGAUACAGAGCCAGUCUCCCCAAUCGCUAUAGUAAUGUACCCGCAGGGGGCCCUCGCAACAAUCACUCGUUACCCGAGAGCCGGCCUGAAUACAACCAGUCAGCAGAUGCCAUCCUAAAUGAAUCGCCAAAAGAGGACAUUGCAUCCAGUUAUCAUUCUCGAGGCUAUUCCGAUACGACAGGAAUUAAGUCCAUGCAACAACGCGUGCAGGCUCGGGUCGUGGAGGGCUCACCAUCAUCUUCCGAUCAAGAUCUAGUGCCUGUGGAACGGCAACAGGCCGGCACUGCUAGUGUCAGUGACCGCAGCAGUGAAGAGGGCGACUGGAAGCAGCAAGUAGAUCCUCCGGCCACCGCUGUUGGGGAGAAUCUACGACCUCAAUCUCCUCCUGACCCGGUAGCCAUGCCGCCGGCAUUUAUGCAUGCACCAGGAGAGACUCCAUCAAACCGGCCAUUACCUUCGCCGGAUCUGAGGAAGGCCAAUAACAGGAUGUCCGACAGCACUCUCACACAGCUCGCCGCCGCUGGAAAGCUGAAUCUAUCCAACUUGGCCCUACCCUCAGCUGCCGAACAUAGAAUCCAGGAGUCUAGUGGCACCCACCAGUUCAACCGCCCAUCGGCUCCGUCGAAUGAGAGUUCCGCAGAUCAAGCACAAAACUCGCCAGCACCAGUUAGUUCGAACAACGUCUUCGGCCCACCACUUGUCAAAACGACCGCAGGUGACCUUCACCAAAACGGUGCAAAGGCUGUGAGAAGAAAGCCUGUGCCUUCGCAGCAGCUGGGAGAGUUCGACGCUACCAGUCCCACCGGGGAGCCCAGUUUCGAUGACCUGCGCCAUACAGUAGACGAAGAAGCCAUGAAUCGCAUCUCUUCCCGUCAGCUGUCAUUCCGUUCGCCCGUCAAAGAACGCCAACCGGAUGAUGAGAGCGUCUACGAUGACGCUUCCACAACUUCCCCUGACUAUGCCAGUACGCACGAGUCGGUAUAUAGCAAAAAGUCCGUCAAGUCUGUUUCAAAGCCCAGAAUGGGGGUCAUGAAGACCGUGGGGACGGAGCCCAAGAAGGAUCUUGUCAUUGGGGACGCCCGUUAUACGCUCGAUGAGCCGUCGCGAAUCGAUCCGGACAUUCCAACGGUAGAUUUCGGGCCAACACUUACCUACCUGCCCACCACUGGACGUCCGAGCACAUCGGACACUCUGAAGAAGUUUACGCAUCAUAGGACCGGUUCGGAUGCCACGGAAAGACAGCGCUACGCGGUGCCGACACAUCCCAUGGACCACGGUCAUGCCAGGUCUCCCAGUCAGGACGAACACCGGCGGAGUAUUCUAUGGCAGCCAGGCAUGGCACGUCCAACGACCCCUGGUGGCGGUCUUUCCCCAGAACAAUUUGUGCAGCAACGAGCUGCCCCUAGCCCGCCAAUCCAUCUACACCAUCACCGGGCAACUUCUACGACUCCUCCACCUCGGAGACCGCUCUCGGGAGACUGGAUGGCUCAUACUCGCUCCAAGUCUCAGAUGACUAUUCCCAGAGAACCCCAACCUCGGCCCCAUUCCCGUGGCGCCAGUAGCAUGCUGAACUUCAACGACAUCUCAUCCCACCUCUCGGCUCGGGAGCAGGAGCACGUGGCUCGUAUGACAGGAUCUUCUUUCUUUGAUAUCUCUAACGACAAGAGCAAACAGACACCUCCCGUUGAUCCAAUGGGCCUUGUUGGUGCGAUUGAUGCUCGAGAGCGUGAGAAGAAGAGUAUCAAAGAAGGAAUGUCGAAUCAGCUGGUGCAGCACGCAAUUGCGCAACGGCAACAACACUGGCAGCAACUUGCCACAACACCACCUCAGAAUUACGGGCUACAAAGUGGCGUUCAUAGCAGUGUUUACAAUCUCCCGGCGGCGAGUCACACUUGGGAUGCGCUCAAUCAAACUUAUCGUGCUGAUGAGCCUCGCCGUCAGUCUUGGUAUGGGCCAUUUGCGGCUCAGGCACCCCAAACACCGCCAAUGUAUCCACAAAGCCAGCCUCUGAACCAGCAAGCUGGCUACUUUGGGAGUGCAAACCAUUUGCAUUAUUAG